CUAUGUCAUCAAGCUGCGACCACUCACGUGUUCACAACACAGGAGGUGUUUUAUUCAUCAGGAUCCGCGUGUGAGUGUGAGUGUGUCCUCUCGUCUUUAUUUAGCAGGUUUUCUGCACGUUCAUUCAUAAAAACAGCUGUUCACCACCUCCACCAGCCAUGAGUGACAGCGACGACGACGUCCCAACACUGUCGGCUCAUACUCUGGCUGCCCUGCAGGAGUUUUACAAUGAGACCAGGACUGAUGAGGUUCACAACACCACACCGUCAGACCAGUUCACUGUGGGAGCAGUGACGGAGGACUGGCGGAUGAGUCAGUUCUGGUACAGUGAUGAGACAGCAACUCGGUUAGCUGAGGAGGCCAUACGUGAAGCCGGAGAGGGAGGCAGGAUAGCGUGCGUGAGCGCGCCCAGCGUGUACCAGAAGCUGAAGCAGGGUGUGGUGCACGGCUCGGAUCGGGUGUCUGCCUUCGUGUUGGAGUACGACCGCCGCUUUGCCUCAUACGGCGACGACUUCAUCUUCUACGACUACAAUGAGCCGCUGUCUCUGCCGGCCAGCGUGGCCCCUCAGAGCUUCGACAUCGUCCUCGCCGACCCGCCGUACCUGUCCGAGGAGUGUCUGAGCAAAGUGGCCAAAACCAUCAAGUACCUGAGCAAAGGCAAAGUGCUGCUGUGCACAGGAGCCAUCAUGGAGAAUCACGCCAAAGACCUCCUGGAUGUGAAAAUGAGCAGCUUUCUGCCGAAACACAACAGACAACUGUCCAACGAGUUCCGCUGUUUUGUCAACUAUCCGUCUCGCCUGUCGUCCUGCUGAUGAGCCGAACAACCGGCAGGUCAACGGACAACCUGUUAGAGGGAGGACAUCACAUUCACCGGCACAGCGCCUCACUGCUUGCGCUGGUGAGGAACAAAAGGUUUAGAAAGUCUACGUUUUCUGUGAGCUCUCAGUGAAAGUCUCAUGAUCUAAAAUAUGAACAUAUAUUACAUUACAUUCUUUUUAAUUACUGCUCUGUAAUCAUGUGUUCUGUUCAUCUUUUGGUCUUGGACUCUUUGUCAGACAAUUCAGUCACUGACGACGUCGCCUUUGGCUCCUUUUUCUGGACUUUGAAGGAUUUAUUGGUUAUUUAAAGGAGAACUCCACCAGUUUUACACAUCAUCAUCCCUUUACUCAAAAUAACCCAGAGAUGAGGCCAUCGUGAUGUCAUCAGAGUAAUCUUCCGCUUUGGUUUGGAGACUACAAUUUUAACUUAUGUGUGGAAUGUAAAUGUAGGAUCCAGUGUUUUUGAAGCAUAAACUAUGUAAGGAAUUAUCUUGGUCUCAUCUAUUUUGAUUUGGACUGUUCUUAUUAAAAUAUAUCUCUUUGAAGUUCCCCAACUUUUGAAAAAUACUCAACUUCUGGAGUAUAAAAACAGCGGAGUUUCAGUUGGGCUGAACACACAAGACACAAGAUGGAGUUUGUAGCAUCGCUCAUCACUGAGUUGAACAAACAAGCAGCAGAGAGCUAACGAGAGUGUACAGGAGACAGUGAACGAAGCUGGAACUUUAAUGGAGUCUUUAAACAAAAUGCUCAUCCAGAGAUGUUUCAUUUGAUUCCUCAUCAGAGGAGGCAGAGAAGCACCGACCAUGCAUUGUUUUAACAAGAAGACAGACGCAGGAAGAAUAAAUAAAAAAG